AAAAAAGGUGAGGUCCGAUGACAAUUUUUAAAAGUUCUAAUCCCCACUAGUUUUCUUUUUCUUUUUUCCACAUAAAAUGAAAAUAAAAUCUAUAAACAGCCUUGUCACCAACUCCAUCUUCCUCUCGUCGUCUACAUUUCUUACACGAGAGGAUAGCCAAAUAGCCCUCUCUUUCUCUCUCUCUCUCUCAAAUUAUAAAACCAUUGGAACACACAGAAGAAGCUAACACCAACGCCAUAGUUACUGACUCUUUCUUUCGAAGUGAAAAAAUAGCUGUUCUAUUGAUCGGGUUUCCCUCAUCGCGAUUGAAAUAGACAUAUACUGCUAUAAGGACUGAGUUUUGGUGAACAAUAAUUGUAGAGCAAGAAAAAGGAAACAGAGAGAGGAAAAAAAAGGAAAGGAUUUUGAGUUAUCUGCUUCACAAUCUGUAUAACUCUCAGAUCUUGAAUUGGAUUCAUUUUUUUUUCUUCUGGGUUCCUGUUUUUGGUGAAAUAUAAGCUGGUAUUUGCUGGAUUUCUGGGCGCCGUUGAUUGUUUUUUUCGAUCAGUUUAAAGAUCAGAUAGUGUCUUGUUGUGUAAGAAAUUGCCAUCUGCUCAGAGUGAAUGGAAAUGGAAGUGGGAAAGUUGUUUGUUGGUGGGAUUUCAUGGGAGACUAACGAGGAGCGUCUCAUCGAAUAUUUCCAAGCUUUUGGCGAAGUUUUGGAAGCUGUGAUUAUGAGGGAUCGAGCUACGGGCCGGGCCCGUGGUUUUGGUUUUGUGGUCUUUGCAGAUGCUUCUGUUGCUGAAAGAGUUGUUAGAGAAAGGCACGUCAUCGAUGGCAGAACCGUUGAAGCAAAGAAAGCCGUUCCAAGAGAAGACCACCAAACCCCCAACCGAAACAUGCACGGGCCCCAAAGCCCGGCCCGAACCAAGAAAAUAUUCGUCGGGGGCCUCCCUUCAACAAUCACCGAAACCGACUUCAAGAAAUAUUUCGGCCAAUUCGGGACCAUAACCGAUGUUGUCGUGAUGUACGACCACAACACGCAGAGGCCCAGAGGCUUCGGUUUCAUAACGUACGACUCGGAGGAGCCAGUCGAUCGAGUCUUGGUGAAAACAUUUCACGAGCUCAACGGUAAAAUGGUCGAGGUCAAACGGGCCGUCCCCAAAGAGCUUUCCCCUGGUGGGCCCGUACGAAGCCCGUCGACCUACAGCCCAAACCGCGCAGUCGGGCUUUUAAACGGGUUUUCUCCGGGCUUCAAUGGUUUGAAUGGGAUGAGAAUGGAUGGCCGGUUUAACACGAUUGGUCGGGCAGUCGGGUAUCCACCGUACAGCCCUGGAAAUCAUAGCGUGGGAUCGAAUUUGGAGACUGGAUGGGGGUUGUUGAAUUCUGGUUUGGGAUAUAGAAACGGGAUGGAGUACUCGUAUUUUGGUGGGAAUUCGGGUAAAAAUGGUUCCUUUUUGAACGAUCGUGAAGCAUAUAUUACAAACUCUGGAAGUUCGACUGGUUUUGGAAAUAUAGGAGAAAAUUGGGCUGGAAUCGGAUCAUCCCCUGUUUCUGCUAAAGGUAGGGAGAGUAUCAUCUAUGGUGGUGUGCAGGACAACUAUGGUGGGAUGGCGGGUUAUGCGAGGGAAAAUAGAGGUGUUUUUGGUUCGGAAUCGUUUUUUUCGAGCACUGAUAUUGUUCGUGACGAGGGCUUUAAUUCCUUUUAUUCGGAUAAUGCUUGGCAUUCGUUGUCUCGGGAGCUUGAUGGGCCUGCUGAUGUGGCACCGAACAAUCCAGUUGGUUAUGUUGGGGAUUAUCGUGUUAGUAGCUCUAAUAGAGGGAUUGCUGCAUAGGAAAAAUUACUGUUUGGAUACAUAAUGACCGUACAUUUGGAGUGCAAAAACCCCCCAAAAAAAAGAAGAAAAAAAAAAAGUGAAACCGAACUGUAGGAUAAUCUAGUGUUCUGGAGAUGCUUUUAAUCCUAGAUUGAUAUUUUAGUAGAGGCAUUAUGAAGGAUUUAUUACAUAAGCAACAGAGAACAAUAUUCGAGUGAGNAUGUAUUCGCGAUACGUUGUCAUUAUAUUUUUAUUCUCGUGUUGAGACCUGAAAUUCCCAGGUUCG